AUGACAUCCCCAAGCUCGUCCGUCGACAUGGACAUCUCUGAUGGCUCAGAUCACGGAUCGGUCUCUAAUAUGAGUGACAUGGAGGUUGCCGACUACGAUGACGAAAUUUCUCAAAGCCCAUUUAAAGUGGCGAACAGUUCAACAUCUAUGAAAGCUCAACAACGGCAACAUCAACAACAGCAAAUAGCUAUGCAGCCGCAUGAGCUAGCGUCAGCAGCAGCAGCAGCAGCUUACACGGCCACUGUUUCUGAAGGCUUACAGCAAUCGUAUGCUUAUUAUCCGCAACAACCCGUCAAGAUACCACCAGCACCUUCACCAAAUCGACAAAUCCACGUCAAUCCGUCAAAACACAAUACGCUCUUUGAUGCGACUGUAACGACAGCGGCAACAACAGGAAAUACUACUGCAUCUCUAGCGGCCAUUGCUACUGCUGCCGAUAGCGAUAAGAAGAUUGAUGAAGAUAUGGAUAAAUAUGACGAUAACGACAGUGACUCGCUAUCUAGCUUUGUUACAGCCCCACUCUACACGGUGAACGAGUCGGAAGAGGAGCCAGGAUUGAUUAGAGACGAGGAUGAAGAUGACAUGGAGACUUUGGCAUGGUAUAAGCACCAGGUAUCCAAGUUCGAUACCGAGAUUGAAACCACAAAAAAGGAGAAGCGUGGGCUUGAACAGGAACUGUUACGUCUGCAGGUACUGCUUUCGAUGGAAAAGAACAAGAUGAAGUCGCGAAAGAAGGGAAAGAUGAAGGCUCAGGAAAGCGUUACCGCAAUUAAAGGAGUCGUUUGUAAUUGCGGAACCAGCGAAAUCGUCACCACCAACACUACUGCAAACCUGGGAUUGGUGACACCGAACACGCCGUCCAUUGCAUCAAAACCAAUCAACACUGCAACCCAAUCAUCAGCAGGACCAGUGGGCGCUUCUUCCUUCAUACCAUCGACGGCUGGAGCUCAAGCGUCUCCGCGUCCGCCUUCAACAUUUACAAGUAGUCAGCAACGGCUCCAAAAACACCAACCAGUUACUGUCUCGGCAGCCAAUAUCAGCAAGCAACUAAAGACUUCAGUUGAUGUUGCAUCACCAACAAUAGCAAAGACACCCGCAUUGCGAUCACUACAAAACCAAAGAGCGAAUGCUAUCACAGCCCAUAACAGCGAGUCCAAAAUCUCUAUCAAUCCAGCGACGAAAAGGAUAGUUGAGGAACAUCGGGGCAGCAAGGGUGCUUUCAAGGCAUACGAGUCGCCACUCCAACGGUUCGGGUUUUCCGGCACAAGCAAUAUCAAUCCUAGUAGUAGCAGCGGUAUUAACAGCAACAACACCAACGUAAAUGGCAAUGGUGCUACCAGCACCAGCAACAAUGAUGGUAAUGGGUUGAGCGUGGAGAAUGUGAACCGGGAACUUUGCAGUUUCGAAACGGUGGGUGGUCAGUGUAACGAUGAUACCUGUCAAGCACUCCAUUUUCGUGAUUUCAAUACAUAG